AUGUCAACUUUUAUUAUAUUAUUAGCCAUUUUAGUGGCCUGUUAUUCUGUAACGGCCGGGUCCAUUGGCGAUUAUAGUAAUGAGUUAAGUUAUCAUCAAGAUUCCUUGGGCGAUUUCGGUGAUCAUUUAGAUGAAAGUCAUUUUCCAACCGAUUUUCAUGGCGGCAGCAGCGAACAUGAUCACCUAUUCUCAGCGUCUGUUAGCGAUGGUCAUCAGUUUGGAGGCGAGGAGUAUUCGCAUAAGCCCGUACCUGGCAUCGAUCAUGGCAAAGGUGUCAUCAGUUAUAGUAGUACGUACGAGUUUAAGGAUCCCAAACACUAAAAGAGGAUUUUUUCGAACAGUAUGUUGUUGAUAUUUGCUGUCAUGGGUAAUAAGAAGAUAUCUGUGCGUCUACUCUUUCAAAAGAGAAUGAAAAAAAAAGAACAUUAAAAUGUGAUAAGUGCUAAGAAAUUUUUAUAAAAGACUUUUAAGUACGUGGCGAUGGCAAGAAAAAUAAUUAAAAUCAUUGUUAUUAUGUAAAUAAAUUUAUUAUAAUUUUUUUACCAUAAAAUAUUUAUGUUUACCUUUUCAAUCGGUAUUUUUUGUUUUUUCUACUUAUCACAAAAGAAUGCCGAUUGUAUUUGUUAUGUUGAAACGUUCGCAAGGCUCAGAAGGACGCUUCAGAGAUCCCACAA